UGAUUAAAAUUGGGCAUUGCUGCAGCUGCAGCACGAAUAUUACACAUCUCACCAAUGGCGGCAACCUCUCUGUCUCCUGUAAUAACUUCUCAAGCCUUAAAAGAUCUCACAAACCAAACCCUACCCAAAACCAAUGACUCCUCUCCGACUGGUUCUUUGAAAGAUUGCAGAAACCUGACUGAACUCAGAAAACUGCACUGUCAAAUCGCUAAGCAAGGACUAAUUCACCGUCCCUCUACUGUAGCGAAGCUUAUCUCAACAUGUACUGCAUUGGGUACUUUUGAGAGCUUAGUUUAUGCUAAAAAUAUCUUAAAUCAAUUUAGAUACGAUAAUCAAAAUGAUGGUACUUUGUUUAUGUACAAUUCACUGAUUAGAGGUUAUUCUUCUAUUGGUCUUGGCAAGGAAGCUAUCCGGGUGUAUCUUGAAAUGCUGAGUCUGGGCAUUUUGCCUGAUAAAUACACGUUCCCCUACUUACUAAGUGCGUGCACAAAAAUUUCAGCGACUGCUGAGGGUUUUCAGGUUCAUGGAUCGGUUAUAAAAAUGGGUUUUCAAGGAGAUAUGUUUACAUUGAAUUCUUUGAUUCACUUCUAUGCAGACUGUGGGGAAAUUGUGAUGGGACAAAAGGUGUUCGAUGAAAUGAUUGACAGAAAUGUUGUAUCUUGGACCAGUUUGAUUUGUGGUUAUGCAAGGUCUGGUUUGGCUAAGGAGGCUGUUGAAUUGUUUUUUGAGAUGGUGGAGGAAGGUACUAGGCCGAAUUCAGUUACGAUGGUUUGUGUAAUUUCUGCCUGUGCAAAGUUGAGGGAUCUUGAAUUGGGUGAGAGAGUGCGUGGAUAUAUUAGUAGCUUGGGAGUGAAAGUUAAUACUUUAAUGGUGAAUUCGCUUGUGGAUAUGUAUAUGAAAUGCGGUGCUUUUGAUACUGCAAAGCGGCUGUUUGAUGAAUGUGAACAGAAAAAUUUGGUUGUUUGCAAUACAAUAAUGUCAAAUUAUGUGCAUUCCGGGAUGGUGAGGGAAGCACUCUUUAUCUUGGAGGAAAUGCUGAGACAGAGGCUGGUGCCUGAUAGGGUUUCUAUAUUAUCUACAAUCUCAGUAUCUGCGCAACUAGGCAGCAUUUUUUUGGGAAAAUGUUGUCAUGCUUAUGUUUUGAGGAAUGGACUUGAAGGUUGGGAUAGUAUUUCAAAUGCUCUAAUUGACAUGUACAUGAAGUGUGGUAAACAGGAAGUGGCAUUUGCGGUUUUUCAUCGCAUGGCUAACAAGACAGUUGUAUCAUGGAAUUCGGUAAUGGCUGGUUAUAUUAGAAAUGGUGAUCUCAGUUCAGCUUGGGAAGUUUUCAACAAUAUGCCAGAGAGUGAUCUUGUGUCUUGGAACACUAUAAUCAGUGCUUUGGUACAAGAGAGCAUGUUCGAACAAGCCAUUGAACUUUUUCGAACAAUGCAAAAUGAAGGAAUAAAAGCAGAUAGGGUGACUAUGGUGAGUAUUGCAUCUGCCUGUGGAUAUUUAGGAGCACUUGAUCUUGCCAAGUGGAUCCAUGCUUAUAUCAAAAUGAACAAAAUUCCCUGUGACAUUCGUCUAAGUACAGCUUUAGUUGAUAUGUUCGCUAGGUGUGGUGAUCCUUCAACUGCAAUGAAGAUCUUCAAUAACAUAGAAAACAGAGAUGUGUCGGCUUGGACUGCUGCCAUUGGAGCAAUGGCUAUGGAGGGAAACGGCAAUCAAGCUAUUGAGCUUUUCAACAAGAUGCUUCGACAAGGAGUCAAACCUGAUGGAGUAGUAUUUGUGGGGUUGCUAACAGCCUGCAGCCAUGGAGGGUUAGUCCAGCAAGGGCGAGAUAUUUUCAAGUCGAUGACGUCAGUCCACAAAAUCUCUCCCCAAAUUGUGCACUAUGGGUGUAUGGUUGAUCUGCUAGGCCGUGCUGGAUUCUUGGAAGAAGCUCUAGAUCUCAUAAAAUUAAUGCCAAUGGAGCCUAAUGAUGUAAUUUGGGGGUCUCUUUUAGCAGCAUGCAGGAUGCACAGAAAUAUUGAUAUGGCAGGAUAUGCAACUGAAAGGAUGAAAGAAUUAGCUUCUGACAGAACUGGUAUCCAGGUGCUUCUGUCUAACAUAUAUGCCUCUGCUGGGAAAUGGACUGAUGUUGCAAAGGUGAGGCGGCAGUUGAAAGAGAAGGGGGCUCGAAAAGUGCCUGGAUCAAGCUCAAUAGAGGUAAAUGGACAAAUUCAUGAGUUCACUUCGGGUGAUGAAUCCCAUCCAGAAAUGAUGCACAUAGCUGCAAUGCUAGAUGAAAUGCACUGCAGAGUGGAGGCUGCUGGACAUGCUCCAGAUCUUAGUAAUGUUCUACUUAAUGUUGACGAGGAGGAGAAAGAAUACGUACUUAGUAGACAUAGUGAAAAACUAGCAAUUGCAUUUGGGCUAAUCAGCACCGAUCAGGGCACAUCGAUCCGGGUUGUUAAGAAUCUUCGAAUCUGUUCUGACUGCCAUUCAUUUGCCAAAUUGGUGUCAAAAACGUAUAACAGAGAGAUUAUUGUCCGAGAUAAUAACAGAUUUCAUUUCUUUCAGAGAGGGGUCUGUUCUUGUAACGACUAUUGGUGAUAUCAACUUGUAACUUCACUGAUUCUUGCGUUCGCAGAAUCAAAAUAAAAAAGUUGCAUUUUUAUUUUAUUUUUCA